AUGGUUAAGGCUGGAUUUGCUGGAGAUGAUGCUCCACGAGCUGUGUUCCCUAGCAUUGUUGGGUACCCCCGUCACACUGGUGUGAUGGUGGGUAUGGGACAAAAAGAUGCAUACAUUGGAGAUGAAGCUCAGUCAAAACGUGGUAUUUUAACACUCAAGUACCCAAUUGAGCACGAAGAGCACCCAGUUCUCCUAACUGAAGCACCUCUCAACCCCAAGGCUAACCGUGAAAAGAUGACUCAAAUUAUGUUUGAGACAUUCAACACUCCUGCUAUGUACGUUGCUAUUCAAGCUAUCCUUGCCCUGUAUGCUAGUGGUCGUACUACUGGUAUUGUGCUGGAUUCUAGUGAUGGUGUCAGCCACACUGUCCCAAUACAUGAAGGGUAUGCCCUUCCGCAUGCCAUCCUUCGUCUUGUCUUGGCUGGUCGUGACCUAUCUGAUCACUUAAUGACAAUCCUUACUGAGCGUGGUUACUCCUUCACCACCUCAGCAGAGCGGGAAAUUGUGAGAGACGUGAAAGAAAAGUUAGCUUAUAUUGCCCUUGACUACGAGCAGGAGCUCGAGACUUCAAAGACAAGCUCUGAUGUUGAAAAGAGCUAUAAGUUACCUGAUGGACAGCCUUCAAUGAUUGGAAUGGAAGCAGCAGGAAUCCAUGAGACGACAUACAACUCCAUCAUGAAGUGUAAUGUUGAUAUCAAGAAAGAUCUUUAUGGCAAUAUUGUACUGAGUGGUGGCUCAACCAUGUUCCCGGGUAUUGCUGACAGAAUGAACAAGGAAAUUUCAGCUUUAGCUCCAAGCAGCAUGAAGAUUAAGGUGGUUGCACCUCCAUAA